UUUCGAGUCAAAUAACUGAAGUGUAAUAUAACCCAAUUCUUUUGUUUGUUUUCGAUUUGUAUUUAGAUUUAUGGUCACUGUUUUGCUUUAAAAUUAUAAUUUUUUGUAUACGAUAUUUUGUGUUACAUUGAUUUUUCAUUGGAACAUUUGCAUCAUAGUAUCUCUUACUAAAUGGCUUUUUCAAUUCUUAGUGAUACCUAUAUAAGAUAGAUAAGUCGAAAGAAAAUCAGCUGAUUUAUGGUUUUAUUUGAUCAAAAGCUUAUCAGCUACGUAUAGCGCCAGAUAAGAUUUUAGUUUUUGUUUUCCUUAACAAUAUCAUUUUAGUGCCGACAUUGUGCAUAUUCUAUGGCCCUCUUUUCUACUUUUCCAGGAAAUGUCCGUAGUCUUGAGUGAGUCCCAGAAUUACAUUUGGAGCGACGACGAUUGUCUUGGUGAAGGCACUUUUGGUAAAGUCUUUCGCGGCAUACAUAAACGAUCCGGUGAUAAAGUCGCCAUAAAAAUUUUCAAACAUGUUAACCUUCAAGUAUCACAAGAAACCAAAUUGUUACAAUCAUUACAACACAAACAUAUCAUUCGGUUUUUUGCUACCGAAUUUGAACUUUCCACCAAUAGAAUGGUCAUGAUUUUGGAAUUAUGUAACGGCGGAAGUCUGAUGAGUUACUUAAAUGAACCGGAAAACGUCUGCGGAUUGCCCGAUGAAGAGUUUCUGCUAGUUUUCAAACACUUAUCAGCGGGAUUGGAAUUUUUGAAGAGGCACGAUGUAAUACACCGUGACGUCAAACCAGAUAAUAUCAUGCGUCAUGUGCUUGACGACGGCCGAACAAUUUACAAACUCGCCGAUUUUGGCACAGCUCGGGAACUCCCCGAGGGCCAAAACUUCACCUCCCUCCACGGUACCGAGCCUUACCUCCAUCCCCAACUAUACAGGGUGUGUUUUUUUCAAGGAGGUAACUGCACGCGUGAAUUUGGAGCGAAUACUGAUCUUUGGUCGAUUGGUGUCACCCUCUACCAAACCGCAACCGGGAAUUUACCUUUUGUGGUACAGGAUCGUCACGUGAUGCUUCGAAUUUACCACGAAAUGAAGGAAAAUGAAGGAAUUGUAUCGGCCAUUCAGCAAAAAAAUUCCGACGAGGUUGUUUUUCAGAAAAAAUUGCCGCGAAAUUGUCGCUUAAGUUGUGGGCUAAAACAGUUGAUAACACCCAUUAUUGCGGGGGUUUUUAUACAGGAAAAAAAGAGGCAGUGGUCGUUUACUGAAUAUUAUGAGCAAGUCAUUGAAUUAGUUUCAAGAAAAGUAAUUAACGUUUUUUAUGUCAAUAAGAUGCGGAUGAUCAAAAUUUAUAUAAAGUGCGAUGAACCGUUCAGCGUUUUCAAAUUUUAUGUUUCUGAGCAGAGUGAAGUUAGUGAAGAGAAUCAGGUUUUUCUGUACAAGGCUAAUCUAGUUGUAAAUACUUUUGAGGAUUUUUCUAAUGUUGACGAAUGGGAUUGUAUUUUUUUGUUUGAUAGAAGUAAUCCACAGGUCGAGUCUACAAUCGAUAUUCAGUUAGUUUUUGAAAAUCUUACGAAUUUUCCCAACAAAUUUACGUUAAGUAGUGAAUGUGAUGAUCACAGACUUGUCUUCGUCACGUGUCGUGAUUUAUGUCUUUGUAAAAAUUUAAUGGAGUAUCAGUCUAUUGUUUACAAGUAUUUUAGUAGUUUUAUUAAAGAUUUUAAUAGUUACUGUAAAGAAGAAACAAGAGAUCAAAGAAAAAUGUAUGAUACAUUAUUAGAGAAAUCUGCGCAAACAAAAAAUCGGGCUCAAAUUUUAAAACAAUUACAAAUUUUAAAUCACUUUAAUGACACUUCAUUCUUCGAUAACUUUGAAGAAAUUAGCGAAAAUUUUCUUGUGGAAUCUGAAAAAUUGUUUAACGAUUUAAGAAAUAUUAAAGCGGAUGUAACUCCAAAUUCAUCUCAUGAUUCUUAUCUAAAAUCAGUGUCAAAAGAAUUGACCGAUAUGAAACAGUUAAGAAAAAAUUUAUAUAAUGCAAGAAUUAAUAAAAAAUUAUAUGAUUAUGAAAAAAUUAAAAUUCUUUAUUGUGUGAGAACAAUAUUAGAAACAUUUACCGAUAAAAUGGACCCCAAUUUUGAUUGUUUUGUCAAUGAUAUAAAAAAUUGGUAUAAAAAUGAAUUUUUCGCACACGUGCGUACUUUGAGCACUUUAAAAAAACAACUGAAUCGAUAUAGAAGCGAUUUGACACGAUUCGAAGACGAAAUUCAAUCUCGCAGCGACGAAAAUUUGAAAACUAUCAGCACUUUGGGACUCAAUAAAGAAAAAUUGUUUGAUAUUGUAGGAAAAUACAAAAGUAAUGAUUCAGAUAUUAAAUCACUCGUUGAGGAAAAUUUAAAAUUGGUCGAACAAAUGAAUGCAUUGAUUAUAACUUUGAACUCCAAUUUAUCGACUGAUUUGUGAUUUUUUGAUUUUUUAUUUUAUAACACUUUGAUUGGUUUAUUUAAGUAUUAAAAUGUGAUGUUUUGCAUAAUAAAUAAAGGUUUAUUCUGUUCAA